GACCUUUCAAACCAUCAAAACGCACGAGAGUCCCGUGCAGUGAGCGAAUGUCUUUAUCAUUCACAGUCGGAGAGCGCAUCUUGUGCUAUCAUGGUCCCCUCGUCUACGAGGCUAAGAUACUAAAAGCAGAGACGUGGGACGAAACCAACACCAAGCUCUCCACAGUCGGCCCCCAUUUCUUCGUGCACUAUAAGGGAUGGAAGCAGACGUGGGAUGAAUGGGUGCCUAUCACACGACUGCUCAAGUUCAAUGACACGAAUGUACAGCUGCAGAAGGCAUUGAUGGCGCAGGCCAGCGCGGCUGCGUCUACCUCGGGGUCGUCCUCAAAAGGGAAGGCCCAUAGCGGGGGUGUGAUGAAGGACGGUAGCUCCUCGCGCGGAGGCGGGCUUGGGCGCAAGGAUGGUAGAGGAACAAAAAGAGGGAGAGAGGAGGACGAUAGCAGCAAGAAGCCAGAGAUGAAACUCAAUGUCCCAGAGGUGUUGAAAGUACUGCUUGUGGAUGACUGGGAGGCGAUCACAAAGAACAGUCAGCUGGUAACCGUACCACGAAGCCCAACAGUCGUUGAGAUCCUUCAGGAGUUCAAAGAUUAUGUGAUAGGGCUCGGGAAAAGCACAACCCUUCGCGAGCCUGAACUUGUCCUCCCAACCAUAAUUUCAGGACUGCAAGUCUAUUUUGACCGCUCACUCGGUGCAAACCUUCUCUACCGCUUUGAGCGUCCACAAUAUGCCGAGAUCCGCAAGCAGUACGUCACGGGUCCCAAGGUGCAGGUCGGCCAAGAGAAAGAUAUGAGUGCCAUAUACGGAGCAGAACACCUGCUUAGGAUGCUCGUGAGUCUACCGCAGAUGGUCGCCAGUUCUACGAUGGACGCGGAGAGCGUCGGACUAGUGAGGGAUUAUGUCAACGAGCUGCUGACAUUUAUGGUGAAUGACCGCAGCCGGCUGUUUUUGACAGAGUACGAAAGUUCAAGUUUGCAGUAUCAAAAUAUCUCUCGAUCAUAAUUCAUUGACGUUGUUCCUGUGUACAUACCAUUACUCACGAUCUUAAUCGCCUACGUUAGCUUUCGAUCCGAACUUAUGCAACCAUGAGGUGUACGCUGGUCCACUGUAUCAGUUCGACAAGAGGAAUACAAGAACUCGACGCCGACGUCGAGCACGUCAUUGGGCAGCUGAUCGCCGCUGGGAAAGAGCAUGGCUCUGCCCAACUUGUAUCUUUCCUCUUAAUUACACUGCGUCUCAGAGACUUGACGAUGUACGCUACCACUUCUUAUUUGCUUAGUUCAGUCACUGCCACCAGGCAAAUAGCACCAGGGUCAAUUUCUGCAGCCAGCCUGAGC